AUGGAUGUCGAGCUCGAGUUCCCAACGUCCCCGCCAAAGCGGCAGAGGACGCUUUCUCCAGAAGAAACCCGCGAUGCCAGUGCAGCAGGCCAGCCGAUCGAAGCGCAAUCCGACGCCAAACUUGAGGACCAUUCACCGGCUGACACUAGCAUUGCACGUUCUGGAGCGGACGGAGGCGCUGAGAAGGCCAGCAGCAAUGACACCGUGGGCCAAAAUCAAGACCAACCAUUGCCAAACAUACCCGACCAUGACUCGAAUUCUCUACUUGACUCCUUGAUGCUGCAGGUGGAAGCCGCCUCUGCUCCUCCUCCUGUUUCUGUCUCAGAGCAGCCAACGUCCGCUGCCGCAGAGCCAGCCGCUGGCGAGAACAAGGAUAUACUGAAUGGCGCUGAGAAUACAAAGGGCAUAGAUACACAUACGGACCAGAUGCAGGAUGCGCAGCAGCCGCCAACGGAAUCGCGAACCACGGUUGAAAAUGGCCGCAUGGACGUGACAACCGAUGGCGGUAUGAACGGUGACGGUCAAGCGACCCAGGGCGACGCACAUAAUGGGACUGAGAAUACCAUCACUCUCGAUACAAAUACUACAAUCCCAACCGUAGGGAAUGACUCCGAGACGCCGGCCGUCGCUAGUGCCACUGCCACCACCACCGCUACCAUGGUGGAUGCGAUACCUCCAACCGAGACACUGGCACCCGAACCUGGAGCAGAAGGGGCAGAGUGGGAGAUCGACUCGUCGCCAUACGAGUCCUCUUCGGAUUCCGAUGACACAACCUCGUCGGAAGAAGAUAGUGACGAAGACGAGGAUGACGACGACGGCGACUACGCCAUGCUCGACCCCGAAGAAGCGGCGCGGAUACUCAUGCAAGGCGACGGAGGCUCCGAUGACGAAGGAGGCGGACGAAAUAGAGGGGACAAAGCAGAUGGUGCACCUCUCCGGACUGCCCAUGAACGACCGGAAGAGGUGAUCCCCAAACCGGACAUUGUAGUUACCGAGGAUAUGAAGAUUGAAGAACUGGGAAAUGUCGAGGUCGUGGUGGAGAACACCGUGGUGAUCAAGGCCAAGACCUCUGGCGAGUACCAGGUCCUUGAGACUGGAUCUUUGAUCUGUCUGCCCGACAGAUCGGUGGUGGGAGUGGUUGCCGACUUGAUAGGACGAGUCGAGGAACCCAGAUAUACCAUUCGCUUCACCAACGACGAAGACAUCAAACAGGCCGGCCUGGCUGAGGUUGGGACCACUGUGUUUUACGUCCCGCAUCACUCCACGUUCGUCUUCACGCAACCAUUGAAAGCCGUCAAGGGAAGCGACGCGUCAAAUUUCCAUGAUGAGGAAGUGGCAGAGGAUGAAAUGGAGUUUUCGGACGAUGAAGCUGAGGCCGAACAUAAGCGCCAGAUGAAGGCGCGGAGACAAGGGCGGUCGAUAGAAACAGGCCGAGGACGAGGCGGCGGCGGCCCCUCUUCAAGACAUCCUAGAGGUUCACAUCGCGGCGGCGGCCGUGGAGGAGCAAACCAAAGCUAUGGAGGAUCCACCGAAAUGAAUUACGAUGAUGUGGUAGAUGGUAGUGGUGGUGUCGGCGAUGAGGGAUAUACUCCUCUACAACGACCAGCCAACAUGGCCGAAAUGAUGAUGACUUCGCCUCAGGAAGUAGGGGCCAGGCCAAGUCAUUCAUUACCACCAAAGCCCAGCAGAGGCGAUUUCAGCCGAGGAAGAGGUGGUCGUGGCCGCGGCGGUGGCCGAGGAGGCAAUUCUCGUGGUGGUCACCAUCAUCAUCAACAACAACACGGCGGCGGCGGCGGCAGCGCUGGUUUCGGCCAGUCUUCUCAAGCAGCAGCUGGCUCGUGGAAUCAGCAGCCCAGCAACAACAACAGCUUCCAAGCCAGCUUCACGCCGCACCAGAUGCAACAGAUGAUGUCGAUGCCGAACUUUAAUCUCCCUGCAAUGCCCGCAUUUCCACAAGGCAUGCAGUUCAACAACACACCGGGUUCUUUCAACUUUAACGGGUUCAACAAUGGUGCCAAUGGUGCGAAUUUUCCCUUUAUGCAGCAACCGCAACCGCAGCCGCAACAGCAACAGCAACCACAGCAGCAGGGCUUUCCGGCCUCGUUUGGUCCGAACUUCCAACAACAGCAACAGCAAACAUAUCAGCAACGCUGGGGCGGAGGACAGCAGCAGCAACCCAACGUGGCAGCUCCGGCGUCGUCGUCUAAUUUCACAUCUGGGCCGUGGGCGAGUAAUCCGGCUCUGGCGGCGGCUUUGCAGAGGCAGGCUCAGCAAGAGCAGGAGAGGAGGAAUCAGGGAUAG